AACCAGAGGGGCAGCCUGCUCUAAAUGAGCUGCCCCACCAGUUCCGGGGAGGGACCUGUUGCAGUGGCUCCCCCCACACACUUUAUAAAGGUCCAGAGACCACAAAACUACGCACAGCUGCCCAUCCUGGAGACACGGGACCGCCCUGCCAACCUCUGCUUCCCCCGCCGGCAGCUCAGACCAUGGGAGGUCGGCGCCUCCGCGUCUUCCACGUCCCACACGCACUGUGUGUCUUGCUGAUUCUGUUGGAACAUGGACCCCAGAACACCAGGGCCUCUACCAAUGGCUCAUGGUGCCCUCCACACUCCGAAUAUGUAAAUGACACUGCCUGUCGCUGCCUUAAGGGAUUCACCUCUCCAUCUGGGGAGAUCUUCACCUUCACCGUGGACCCGGAGCCUUGUGAUGACAUCAACGAAUGCAGAUCAUCCUCGAAAGUGUCCUGUGGAAAAUUCGCAGACUGCAAGAACACAGAGGGGGGCUACUACUGUACAUGCAGCCCAGGAUAUGAGCUUGUUUCUGGGGCAGCAAAUUUCACUACUGAGAGUCAGAACACGUGUAAAGAUGUGGAUGAAUGUCAGCAGAACCCCAGAAUCUGUAAAAGUCACACCUGUGUCAACACCGAGGGCAGCUACACCUGCAAGUGCCUGCCAGGGUUUGAGCUCAAACCGGAGGACCCGAAGCAAUGCAAAGACGUGAAUGAAUGUACCUCAGGGCAAAACCUCUGCCACAAAUCCACCCACUGUCUCAACAUCGUGAGCAGCUAUAAGUGUCGCUGCCGCCCUGGCUGGAAGCCGAUUCCUGAGUCCCCCAAUGGCCCACACAACACCAUCUGUGAAGAUGUGGAUGAAUGCACCUCAGAGCAAAACCCCUGCCACAAAUCCACCAACUGCCUCAACACUGUCGGAAGCUAUAAGUGCUCCUGUCUCCCUGGUUGGCAGCCGAUUCCUGGUUCCUCCAGGGACCAAAACAACACUGUCUGUGAAGAGAUCUUCCCCACCUGGACUCUGCCCCCUGGAAUCAAGAGCCAGAGUCUCUCCCACUUCUUUGAAAAACUCCAGGAUCUGGGCAGAGACUUGAAGCCCACCUCAGCCCAGGACACCGCCCGGGAACUCAUCGAGUCAUUGGAUGACCUACUGGAAGGUCUUGGGGAACUGGAGGCCCUGGCCCUGCCUGACCGGCACCGCAUGGCCACCUACCUGCUGUCAUACCUCGAAGAAGUCCUGAGGAAUCUGGCCAAGACCAUACCUGAACCCUCUUUCACCUACUAUUCCCGUUUGAACACAGAGCUGUCCCUGAUGACCCAGGAUCAAGGGAAGGGAACCGUCACCAUGGGCCAGACCCACGCACGAAUGCUGCUGAACUGGACUCAGGCAGCUGUAGUCGGGGACUCAGGCCCCACUGUGGCAGGCAUAUUCUCCAGCAAGAACAUGCAGAAAUUGGUGGCCAAUGCCUCCUUGGAGCUGGACUCUGAGAAGAAAACCCAGCUGGAAAGAAUACAUGAAAGUCCUGUCAAAGGUGCUCAGCUCAGGCUCCUCUCAGCUGUCAACACCGUCUUUCUGAGCAACAAGAACACGGAGAAACUAGACCCCCCUGUCACCUUCUACUUCUCCCACACUCCACAGGAGCCCGGGACACGGCAGGAGCUAAUCUGUGCCUUCUGGAAGGGUGACGACAGUGGUGGGUAUUGGGCCACCACAGGCUGCCAGAGGCUAGGCAGUAUGAAUGGGAGCACCACCUGCCAAUGCAGCCACCUGAGCAGUUUUGCCAUCCUUAUGGCCCACUAUGAUAUACAGGACCUGAAGCUGGCCCUGAUAACCAAAGUGGGACUGGCGCUGUCGCUGGUCUGCCUGCUGCUGUGUAUCCUCACCUUCCUGCUAGUGCGGCCCAUACAGGGCUCGCGCACCACCAUGCACCUGCAUCUCUGCAUAUGCCUCUUUCUGGGCUCUGCCGUAUUUCUAGCGGGCAUUGAGAACCAAGGAGGCGAGGUCGGGCUGCGCUGCCGCUUGGUGGCCGGGCUGCUGCAUUACUGCUUCCUGGCUGCUUUCUGUUGGAUGAGCCUCGAGGGCCUGGAGCUCUACUUCCUCGUGGUGCGAGUAUUCCGGGGCCAGGGCCUGAGCAAACACUGGCUCUACCUGAUCGGCUAUGGCGUUCCCGGGCUCAUUGUGGCCAUCUCGGCAGCCACCCGGAGCAAGGGCUACGGCCGUACUAUCUACUGCUGGCUGGACCCCGCCCACGGCUUCCUCUGGAGCUUCCUGGGACCUGUGACAUUCAUCAUAUUGUGCAAUGCUGUCAUCUUUGUGAUAACUAUCUGGAAGCUCACUCAGAAGUUCUCUGAGAUCAACCCAGACAUGAAGGAAUUAAAGAAGGCCAGGGUGCUGACCAUCACAGCCAUCGCACAGCUCUUGGUGCUGGGCUGCACAUGGGUCUUCGGCCUGUUCCUCUUCAACCCAAGAAGCCAGGUCCUGGCCUAUGCCUUCACCAUCCUCAACUGCUUGCAGGGUGUCUUCCUCUUCCUGCUGCACUGCCUGCUCAACAAGAAGGUGAGAGAGGAGUACCAGAAGUGGGCCUGCAUGGUCACUGGGAAUAAGUACUCGGAUUUCACCACAUCCACAUCCAGCUCCAGCAACAACCAGACUAGGGUCCUCAGGCCAUCAGAGUCUGGAAUGUAACCACGAGGUUCUGGCCAGGCCAGCAGCUUUUGCACAUGCUGAAGACUGUGCCCUCCUCUCCCACCACCCUGGCUCCCUCUGCCCUCCUGCCCCAAAAAAGGGGCAUCAACAGUUCUCUGGCACAAGCCCAGGAGCACAGCCAGGGUGGAGUUGGAACUGAUGGACCUGCCUGUGGCUGCCUCUGCCACACCCCAGCUGGGACCCAGGGUGGGCAGGAGCUGGCCCAAGGCUGCAGCCCCUUGCCCUGGUACACAACGCCCAGACAGACAGGGCUCCUGGUCUCCUACUUAUCUGUCUUUGCUACAGAACAACAGGCCAGGGUACUGGGGCUCAACUUUCCUGUUAAGCUAAGAUGGAGAUCAAGGAUGGGAGAAGGGCAGGGCCCCUGCUGGCCCUGCUGCUGUGGCUCACGGUACAGAAGCCAGUCUGCCUCCUGGGCAGAGGGUUCUCACUAUUUUGAAGGUCAUGGAUGUUGUGUAAGGUUUUUGGGGUUUUUUGUAUAAACUUUUCAAUGUUGAGACUUAAAAUUAAACUUCACACUGAUAUAGAAA